AUGUGCGUACGUUGUCUUUUCUCUUUUUCCUUUUCUUUCUAUUUUUCUUCUUUCCUUGAUAUUUCUUUCAUUCUUUUGUCUUUUUCUUUCUUUGUAUCUUUUAACUUUUUUCUCGUUUUCCACAUCUUUCAUUUUUCAUGUAUCUUUCAACCUAGUUAUGUAAUCGCUUCUUUCUUUCUUUCUUUCUUUCUUUCUUUCUUUCUUUCUUUCUUUUCUUUCUUUCUUUCUUUCUUUCUUUCUUUCUUUCUUUCUUUCUUUCUUUCUUUCUUUCUUUCUCUGCACUUUGAACCUUUUCUGUUUAUCAUUUUCCCGUUUUUUCUUCUUUCUUUACACUCUGCCUUCAGCUCUUCGCUCGUUACUUUUUUCGCUACUGUUUGUCUUCUUUGUCGAUCCACCAGACUUUUCUCUAUCAUUAUCUCCUUUCAUCUUACCUUUUCUUCUUCCUGUCUCUUUUCUGAUAUUGAAUCAUCACUUUAUAUACCUCAGUGUUCUUGGCCUUCCAUUCAACUGAUUGACGUGUUCACAUACAAAAUAUCUAUCUAUCUAUCUAUCUAUCUAUCUAUCUAUCUAUCUAUCUAUCUAUCUAUCUUAUUCUGA